AUGAGGUCUAGAUUACUGUUACAGUCGCGCAACUCUUUGCGUUAUGUUGCAAAAUGCAGAUAUGGAGCUUCAUAUUCGGCUCUGAGAUGGUCUUCAACAGAGACGAGGCAAUGGUCUACACCCCUUGCGAAGCAGCUUUCUGAAGCUAUCACAGCUACAGGACCAAUUCCUUUGGCAUCGUUCAUGCGGAUGUGCUUGACGUCCGAUGUAGGUGGAUAUUAUACCUCGACACAAGAAGGGCGAGAUCAGUUCGGACAAAAGGGAGACUUUAUCACCUCGCCAGAAAUAUCACAGAUCUUUGGAGAACUGGUUGGGAUCUGGUUUGUGGCCGAAUGGAUGGCCCAAGGGAGUAAAAAGAUGGGUGUUGAAUUGGUGGAGAUAGGUCCGGGGAGAGGCACUUUGAUGGAUGAUAUGUUGAGGACAAUCAAAAAUUUCAAAUCAAUGGCGGAGAGUAUUGAAGCCGUGUAUAUGGUUGAAGCAAGUCCUGCUCUAAGAGAUGCGCAGAAACAGCUUCUGUGCGGGGAUGCGCCCAUGAUAGAGACGGAAACUGGAUUCAAAAGUACUAGCAAGUAUGCUGGUAUUCCUAUAAUGUGGACAGAGAAUAUGCACUUCGUACCUUCUAGCGCGGACAAAACCCCAUUCAUCGUAGCCCACGAAUUCUUCGACGCCCUCCCAAUCCACGCCUUCCAGUCCGUACCUCCAAACCCCAACGCCACAGAGUCCACCACAAUUCGAACGCCCACUGGCACUCAUCCACUUACACCUUCGACCUCCAAAUCAUCCACAGCCAAAACUCCUCAAUGGCGCGAAAUGGUUGUCUCGCCCACCCCGCCAAAUUCCAUCCUCACCGAUGUUCAAACCCCAAAAUCCCUCCAAAACCAAUCCUCUCCCCUUGAAUUUCAACUCACGCUCUCCAAAACCUCAACCGCGCACUCACUCUACCUUCCUGAACUCUCUGCUCGCUACCGAGCCUUGAAGUCUAUACCCGAUUCGCUUAUCGAGAUAUCUCCCGAAAGUCACGCUAUCGUUGCAGAUUUCGCAAGCCGAAUCGGUGGUUCAAAAACGAACCCAAAAACUAAUCCUUCGGGCGCUGCUCUAAUUUUGGAUUAUGGUCCUAGUGAUACCAUUCCCAUGAACUCACUCCGGGGUAUCAAAGCGCAUCAACGAGUUUCUCCCUUUAGCGAACCAGGAAUUGUAGACCUCAGCGCAGACGUAGAUUUCAUAGCUUUAGCCGAGGCAGCCAUGAAUGCGAGUGAAGGAGUGGAAGUGCAUGGGCCUAUGGAACAAGGGGGGUGGCUGGGAAGUAUGGGAAUUAAAGAACGAGCAGAGAUGCUAAUAAAAGGGUUAGGAAAGAAAGAUGAUGAGGUUAAAAGUAGGGUAGAAGGAGCUUGGAGGAGAUUAGUUGAUAGGGGAGGAAGUGGCAUGGGAAAGGUUUAUAAGGUUAUGGCUGUGGUCCCCGAGAAUGGGGGAAGGAGGAAACCGGUAGGGUUUGGUGGUGGGGUGGUGGAUUAA